AUGUCUUCCAAUUCAUCAACUAAGAAACUAAUUGCUGUUUGUCAACUUAAUUGUAAAUCAAAUAAAGAUGAAAAUUAUGUUACCAGUGAAAGAUUAAUUCAAGAAGCUUCGGCCUAUGGAUGUUCAAUGGCCUUUUUACCGGAAUGUUUUGAUAUGAUUAAUGAAACUAGAAAAGAUACUUUGGCUAAUUUGGAAUCACUAGAUGGACCUUUGAUUGCUAAAUAUCGUGAUUUAGCUAAAUCAUGUAACAUUUGGCUGUCACUUGGUGGAUUACAUGAGAAACGAGAAUCAAAUGAAAAUGGAAAAGCUUCUAAUGCUCAUAUUGUGAUUAAUAACGAUGGAAAAAUUGUCUCGGUUUAUCGAAAGACUCAUCUUUUCAAUUUGGAGAUUCCUGGAGUUGUUAGAUUAAUUGAAUCAGAGUUUUCAGUGGCUGGUGAUAAAAUUAUUCCACCAGUAGAGACACCAGUUGGUAAAUUGGGCCUUGGUAUUUGUUACGAUGUUCGUUUCCCUGAGCUUGGUAUUUCUCUGGCCAAAUCUGGAGCCGAUCUAUUGGCUUAUCCUUCAUCUUUCACUGUACCUACUGGUUCGGCUCAUUGGGAGGUUUUACUUAGAUGUCGAGCUAUUGAAAAUCAAUGUUAUGUUAUCGCAGCCGCACAAACCGGUGUUCAUAAUGGUAAACGAUCUUCCUGGGGUCACUCGAUGGUCAUAGAUCCAUGGGGAAGUAUAAUUGCCCAGGUUGGCGAGGAUGUUGGUCUAGCGGUCGCUGUUAUUGAUCCCGAUCUACAGAAAAAAGUACGAGCUAAACUUCCCGUUUGGACUGAUCGUCGGUCCGAUAUUUAUGGUGAGAUUAUUCCAGCCGCUGAAGAAGAAUUAAAUCCAGACGAACAAAAGGAAUACUCUUUUGGUCCUGUUCGUAUUAAUUCAUGUCAAGUAUUUUAUCGUAGUAAAUAUUCAUUCGCCUUUGUUAAUCAUCGACCUUUUCUUCCGGGACAUUCACUUGUGGCCCCACUACGAGCAGAUGCCAUUCGAUUACCCGACUUGAAACCAGUCGAAAUUUCAGAUUUUUUCACCACCGUACAAAAGGUGCAAAAAGCCUUGGAAUUGGAAUAUUCGUCUACAUCUUCUCUUAUCGCUCUUCAAGAUGGACCCGAUGCCGGUCGAUCAGUUGAUCAUCUUCAUGCUCAUAUUUUACCGCGAAAAAAAGAUGACUUCGAUAGUGACCUAAUUUAUCGCAAACUCGCAGAACACGAUAAAAGUAGUAAACCAAUUAGAACAGCAGCCGAAAUGAAACAGGAAGCUGAUCAGAUGCGGAAAUAUUUCUAUGCAUCGACCAAGAAAUAG